AUCUCAAGAAGUUAUCUGAAUUCAUUUGCUUACGCUGAAUGUGAACAAGGAUUUAAUAACAAUGAACAUGGCUGGUUAAAAUAUCUUAAUCAAAAUAAUGAUCAGCUGAAUUCUUACUACAAAAUAUAUGAAAAAUAUUCUGAAUAUAUAAAAUACAAAUAUUUUUGGAUUGGAUAUGAAGGACAAGAUGUCUUGUUCAUUGAUGAUUUUCCAAAUAAUAUCUAUGAGAAAAGUUGUCUGGAUGUUGGUACAGAUACUAUCAUGUGA